UUUCCCUUUGUUGAGUUUGCCCAUAGCAAACUAGAACCUUUUCGGUUACUUUGGAUUAUCACCCCACCACAACAAAACUGAACACAAGAAAACGAUGCUUAGGUUAUCCAGGAGCUAUACCGGGUCAGUGAGAGCCACAGAAGUGGUAUGCAUGCAUUGCCAAUUUUGUAAGUUUGACACUUCUUCUGAAGAGUUGCUACUGAAACAUUGUCGCCUCCGUCACAAAGAUUUCUGAAGAGUUUUAUCGGAUCACAAGCAAGAACCUCCUGGUCACUUUCCGUGCAUCACUUGACAAAUAUGUGCUUCACCUAUUAAAACUCUACUGGGCAAAGAAGGGAACAUUUGGUCCAGAGAUGGAAGACUUCCUGGAUAAGCUUGAUGAAGAGACAAGUGACAUUGCAUCUCAACGAAAGACAAUAGCUCUGAGAGGACUACCCAUCUUCAUCCGUGAGGACACAUCAAAGUUUUUCUUGAAGUGUUUGAUGCUCAAACGCACUUUCUGUCAUUCCAUGAGCGGUUCAUCAGUCCAGAUGUGUGUUGCAAGGAUUGAUGUUAAACUACUUCUGGAGACUGACCCUGCGAAUGCUGUGGUCCAAGGUGUGUCUGUUGGCAUUCUGACUGUCUAUAAAGAUGAUGAUGCCUCCACAUCACCAACUGUGCGAGAUGUAGCUGUUGUGUUGGAAGGAUGCAUCAUACUGCAUGACUUACCUGACCUCCAGACUGCCUUUGCAUACCUCUUUGGCCUUUUGUAUGCCAUAAACAUUGAAUAUCCAAAAUUGUUGAAGUAUACCUUCGAAGCAAUUCAGACCAUCUUUUUUGAGCUUGGGUCCCGAUGCUCACGGCGCAUCAGGUCUCUCAAAACAAAGCUUUUGCACUAAAUGUUUGUAGACUGUUGAGUCCUUUCUCUUUCACCCUCUGGUCAAAGUGAAGUUACAUUUGUCUGUUUAGGCAGUUCCCAGCAAGAGUUGCAUAUAUGCUCAGUGCCAAAUGUUUUACGUGUUUCCUCAGAAAUAAACAUGGUA